AUGGGAAAUCCAAAAGUUGAUCUAAAUCUCGAACCAUUAACAUAUUUCAAAAAAAGGAAAGUGAUUGAUGAUGAUAUAGAACAGAACGACCAAAAGUGCGGAAGAUUAAAUUCGUUGGAACUAAGUAAAUCUGAACCUUCAUCAAAGGAAUCAAGCCUUUGUUUAGUAAACAAAUCUUCUAGAUCUAGGAGAGUAAUUGACUCAGAUGAAAGCUCUGAUAGUUUUUUUAACUCACUAAGUAGGUCUUCUACAGAUUCAGAUUCAUUAUCCUCAAAUAGCGAUGAUGUUAGCUCAUCUGAAAGGGAACAAUUUAAAAAUAGAAAAGCUUCUAUUAACAAAAAGGUGCGAAAAGCUACCUCAAGUAUGUCAAGUAAAUCUAGCUCUAUACCUAAAAAUAAGGAAGCAGAUAGCAAAAGAACGAGUAAAAAGAAAGAUGGCAUGUUAGAUGAUGAUAAUAGUUUAGAAGGAACUAGUAUACAUGCAUAUGUUCCUCGUAGGGAUCGAGAUCGCAAACAAAUAUUAGUAGCUGCUGUACUAUGUAGAUGGUGGCACGCUUUACCAGAUUGGCCCCCACCAAAUAUGGAUUACAAUAUAGAGCUACACAAAAACAAACUAAGAUUGGUAGAUAUUGAUGAUUGGGAAGAUGCAGUAGAUAUUGAUGAUAAUGGAUACGCUAAAGUUUAUCAAUUAUCCAAUUACCCAGGAGUAUUUAGAGAUUAUAAAGGUGUUGCACAUGACUUAAGGCCUAUUGAAAAUAAACCAUGUUAUUCCAACUUAAUAAAGAUGGAUGAAGACAAGUUAUAUGAUCUCUUAAUAACUGCAUUAAGGAAUCAAAUCAAAACUUUACAGAGUCAGAGUAUAUAUUCAGAGACUACCUUAAUAGAGGAACUAGAGAAAGAAUUGUUUGAGGCAGAGGCUCUUGUUCAAAAGAAUAAUCUUAAGCACAAAACAUAA